AUGAAGAUGGAACCAAGCACGGGUAUGGUCCCAUGGCUGGACCAGCCUGUCAUGCUACACUCGAGUCGCGAUGCAGGCAAAUGCACAAUGACUCCAGAGCAGUGCGCACUCAAGACCAGCUACUGGGUGUUCUGGUAUGAAGCCGAUCAUCGAUAUGCCCUGCCAACGGUUGCGUUCUUUCUGGUUGCAAUUAUCCUUUUCACAGUUUCACAUAUCGCAUCCAAAGCUGCACCACAAAGCCUCAGGAAAAAGUCGAUAUGGUCACGUCUCGUGGCGACGUUUCGCUUCCUUUCCUAUAAGAGCUGGAGAUUUGGUGGCUGGAACACACAUUCUCUCGGUGUUUGCUUGCUUGGGGCUGCUGGUGCGGUUUUCUUCUUUGCCAUGACCCUUGGCCCUCGUCCAUACUAUUGGCCUAACACGAAGGAAAUCAGCUUCGGAAAUUCUCCUCCCAUUGCUACCCGUGCUGGAUUCUUAGCUCUUGCUUGCAUGCCGUUCCUAAUUGUCCUAGGUGCCAAGGCAAACCCCAUCACAGCAUUAACAGGUAUCUCCCACGAAAAGUUGAACGUAUGGCACAAUUGGGUCGCAUGGGCUAUGUUCGUCCUGGCAUUAACCCACACCUUCCCUUUCAUUGUCUUCCACGCCUGGAAAGGCGAUCUUGUUGCAUCGUGGAGCGAAGGCGGAGUCUGGGUGACUGGUGUGGUCGCACUUAUAGCGCAAACUUGGCUGACAUUCAUGUCUAUUCCUUGGAUCCGAAACCGAUACUACGAAUUCUUCAAAGCAACACACUACUUCAUGGCACUCGUCUUCGUUAUCUUCUUCUUCUUCCACUGUGACUUCCGCAUGUCAUCCUGGGACUAUUUCAUCGCAACAGCAGUUAUUUACAGCCUCUGCUGGCUAUACUCCCAGUGCAAAACAUAUAUCGAGCACGGCUUCAGACACAAGGCUAGCCUUGUAUCCGAAACGGAUGACACGCUCUGCGUUACUAUCGAUACAAAGAUGCAUUGGGCGCCCGGUCAACAUAUCUUCCUUCGAUUCUUGACGUGUGGAGUUCACGCAUUCACCGCUCAUCCCUUUACCAUCUGCUCGUUACCGCAGAAAAACAAGAAAAACCAACUGGUGUUCUAUGUCAAGCGGCGUGGUGGGUUCACCGGCCGACUGAUGAGCAUGGCGCAAAAGAAUCCGGGCGUGCAAGUACCUGUCUUGCUAGAUGGACCGUACGGAGGAGUUCCCGAGCACAAGCUAGCAGACUCUGACAAAAGCCUCAUUAUCGGUGGUGGUGCCGGCGCCGGCUUUACACUCUCCAUGCUGGAGGACUUUGUCCGACUUUCUUCCUUUCAUAAGGGCAAGGUUGAAAUGAAGAUGGUAGUUGCUACCAGAGAUCCUGGGAUGCGCGCAUGGUUUAUUCAGGCAUUGGAAGACAUGGCACUGCGAAAUUCCCACGAAGGCAUUAUCCCGGGUCUUUCUGUUCACAUCCACGAGACGCAUGCCAAGCAUCAGGUUGUGGAGACACAGAUGGAGACAGAAACGGUGCUUCCUGAUCUGAAAUUGAAAGAGGAUGAAAAGACCACCAAUGGGGCUGUUAGGGAGACAUCUACCACGGAGAUGUUUGGUGUCCAGUUCUUCUCUGGUCGUCCAGAUCUGCCGGCGUUAAUUCGGGAUUUUUCUGGACAAAGUGGUGUCUCUGUCGGUGUUGUGGUGUGUGGGCCUUCGUCUAUGACCCACGAUGUGGGUGAGGCUGUUUCGUCUGCUCAGUAUAGAAUUCUUGCCAAGCAGAAUAAUUUUGCGCGGGAGGUUUGGCUCCACACUGAGAACUUUUCGUAUUAA